CGACAGCGCUUCUCUAGCUCUUGUUUUUCCUUCUCCACAAAGCAGCAGUCUCCACAGGAGGAAGCGGAGUCUCUCGAAGAAGCUCCGCCCGUUGCGCCGCAUCCCGGCGGAGACAGAAACCGGCCCGAGCCGCCACGUCUGCCGGCGGGUGUCAGCGCAGAGGUGAAGGGGCGGAGUCGGGCAGCGCGAAGGGAAAGAUGGCGGCCAGUAUCCGGGAGAAACAGACGGUGGCUCUGAAGCGUAUGUUGAAUUUUAAUGUACCGCCUGUUAAAAAUAGCACAGGUGAACCUGUAUGGAAAGUUCUCAUUUAUGACAGAUUUGGCCAAGAUAUAAUAUCUCCGUUGCUUUCUGUGAAAGAACUAAGAGAUAUGGGCAUUACUUUGCAUCUUCUUCUGCACUCUGAUCGAGAUCCUAUUCCAGAUGUCCCAGCAAUAUAUUUUGUAAUGCCAACAGAGGAAAAUGUUGACAGGCUGUGCCAGGAUCUUAGGAACCAACUUUAUGAGUCUUAUUAUUUAAAUUUUAUUUCUGCUAUUUCAAGAAGUAAACUGGAAGAUAUUGCAAAUGCUGCUCUCGGUGCCAGCGCGGUAACACAGGUGGCUAAGGUUUUUGACCAAUAUCUUAAUUUCAUUACUUUGGAAGAUGAUAUGUUUGUACUCUGCAAUCAAAAUAAGGAGCUUGUUUCAUAUCGUGCCAUUAAUAGACCAGAUAUAACAGACACUGAAAUGGAGACCAUUAUGGAUACAAUUGUUGACAGCCUUUUCUGUUUUUUUGUUACACUUGGAGCUAUUCCAAUAAUCAGAUGUUCAAGAGGAACAGCAGCAGAAAUGGUGGCAGUGAAACUAGACAAAAAACUCCGAGAGAACCUCAGAGAUGCCAGGAACAGUCUUUUCACAGGUGAUACACUUGGGGCUGGACAGUUCAGUUUCCAGAGACCACUCUUAGUACUUGUUGACAGAAAUAUAGAUUUGGCAACUCCCCUGCACCAUACGUGGACCUACCAGGCCUUAGUACAUGAUGUCCUGGAUUUUCAUUUAAACAGAGUUAUUCUGGAAGAAUCUUCAGGACUUGAAAGUUCUCCAGCAGGUGCUAGACCAAAGAAGAAAAAUAAAAAGUCAUAUGAUUUAACUGCAGCUGAUAAAUUCUGGCAGAAACACAAAGGCAGUCCUUUCCCAGAGGUAGCAGAGUCAGUUCAACAAGAGCUGGAAUCUUACAGAGCUCAGGAAGAUGAAGUGAAGAGGCUCAAAAGUAUAAUGGGAUUAGAAGGAGAAGAUGAAGGAGCAAUAAGCAUGCUUUCUGAUAACACAGCUAAACUAACUUCAGCUGUUAGCUCUCUUCCAGAGCUUCUAGAAAAGAAGAGGCUUAUAGAUCUUCAUACAAAUGUGGCAACUGCUGUUUUAGAACAUAUAAAGACACGUAAACUAGAUGUGUAUUUUGAAUGUGAAGAAAAAAUCAUGAGCAAGUCCACAUUGGAUAAAUCACUUUUGGACAUGAUUUCUGACCCUGAUGCGGGAACCGCAGAAGACAAGAUGCGGCUGUUUUUGAUCUAUUACAUAAGUUCUGUACAGUUGCCUUCUGAGGCAGAUUUGGAACAAUACAAAAAAGCACUGACAGAUGCAGGGUGUAAUCUUAACCCCUUAAACUACAUUAAGCAAUGGAAAGCAUUUGCCAAAAUGGCUUCAACUCCAGCUACCUAUGGAAACAGUGCAGCCAAAUCGUUGGGCCUUUUUUCACGUGUCAUGAAUACAGGAUCACAGUUUGUGAUGGAGGGAGUCAAGAAUCUAGUACUAAAACAACAGAAUCUACCAGUUACUCGUAUUUUAGACAACCUUAUGGAGAUGAAGUCAAAUCCUGAGACAGAUGAAUACAGAUAUUUUGACCCUAAGAUGCUGCGAGGCAGUGAUAGCUCAAUUCCAAGAAAUAAAAAUCCAUUUCAGGAGGCAAUUGUAUUUGUAGUUGGAGGAGGCAAUUACAUUGAAUAUCAAAACCUUAUUGAUUACAUAAAGGGCAAACAAGGUAAACAUGUCUUAUACGGCUGCAGUGAACUCUUUAAUGCUGCACAGUUUUUAAAACAGCUUUCACAACUUGGACUAAAAUAAGCCAUAAUCUGACAGAAAUGGAUAUUUUGGACAUUUUGGCAAGGUGUGAAGAAAGUAUCAUGGCAACAGCUAACAGCUAACAUCUUAACCUGUAUUUAAACUUCAGCUGAUUCCUUAAAUUUGUAAUUUUUAUGAAAGGAUGUUCUGUACUUGUAUAAUGCAUACCACAUACUCCAAAUAAAAUAAAAAAACUCACAAUGCUUGGA